UUUAUUUAGUUUAUUUUUAACCGGUACGGAUUGAAUCCGUUCUCGGACCAAUUGGCUACGUUAAUUGUGCUAAUUGACAAAUAUCUGAUUACGGGGGCAACGAUCAUGAGCGUAGCGACUCGCCAAGUGGAACAAUAGCCGAGGUCUAAUCUAGGAUUGUUGGUGAAGAUUUAACUGGAUUAUAAUUUUAUUGUUAUUUUUUACGUAUCGUAUUGUGUCUUCGCGCGUAUGCGACACAGAACCCGAUCGGUUCGACGACACUUUUCACGGUGAAUCCCAAGAUCCUUUGGUCGAGAUUGUCGUCAAAAACGUUCCGGAAAACUUUCGCAAUGUCGCGGUCCAGAUACUUCGUAAACGAAUAUUGUUUACGUGAGGAAGAAAUUGUCAACAACGCGGAUACGACAAAAAGUAUCAUCUACGACAGUCAGAUUGCCGCCAAGAGAAGCAUACAGAAAAUACUUCAACGCAUUCUCGACAAGGAACCGCCCGAACGAGCAGAAGUCGAUGGCGGUCUGUACGUCGGCGCGUCCGGAAUAUCUUACAUGUUUUUGCGGCUCGCCGAACAAGCUGACGUGUUGAACAACGAGGUCGAUAAGUUUAAACUCCUCUCGUUAGCCGAUAAUUAUCUCAAGUCAUCUGUGACGGACACGCAACGCCGCUCCGGCACCGGAUUUCUUCUGGGUGAUUGGGGUAUUCUGGCGAUUGGUGCGGUUCUUGCAACUGUUCAAAAUGAUGAAAAGACCGCCAAUGAUCUAGUGAAACGUUUCAUAACGACGGGAAUGCGUUGCAAGGAAGUAAAUUUCUUGAAAUGCGGCUCGGAUGAGUUCUUCGUGGGCCGUGCUGGCUAUUUGUACGGCGCGAUGUGGCUGAAUCGCAAGAUAAAAAAGACUGUUGUGCCAAUUGAAACAAUGUGCGAGAUUGCUCGAACAAUUGUUACUUCUGGCAAAACGUACGCACGGGUGCACAACAGUCCGUGUCCGCUGAUGUACGCGUACUACGGCACAGAAUAUCUUGGCGCGGCGCACGGACUUUGCUCCAUUCUGCAAGUCCUCAUACAGCUGCCAUCGUUCCUCGACAGCGACACUGAUAUGGACAGCACCGUGCGGGCGUGCGUGGAUUAUUUUUUGAGUGUGCAAACAAUAUCCGGCAACUUCCCCUGUGCCGUAGACGAGAUCGAUCUUUCUGGACGAAGCUUCAGAGAGAGCGACGACGAGUUGGUGCACUGGUGUCACGGUGCGCCCGGUGUAAUCUACAUGAUGGCCGCUGCGUAUCUGCGCUGGAAGGAUCAGCGUUAUUUGGACUCGUGCAAACGCGCCGGCGAUCUUGUUUGGCGUAAGGGUCUUCUUCGUAAAGGACCUGGGAUUUGUCAUGGCGUGGCCGGCAACGGCUACGUCUUUCUUCUUCUGUACAGACUCACCAAUAAUAUGCGCUAUCUUUAUCGAGCCGCCAAAUUCGCAGACUUCAUGAACUCGUCGCAAUUUCAAAGUGAGGCGCGCACGCCCGACUCGCCCUAUUCGCUCUACGAGGGACUCGCCGGCACCGCUUGCUUCCUCGCCGAUCUUAUCAUGCCGGAUAAGGCUCACUUUCCCUUUCAAGACAUUUUUUAAGAUACAAAAAAUGAUUUUUGUUUUAUCUCACAUUUGUUGUGAACAUGCAUUUAUUAUGUGCUUAUAAACAUAUCGAUAAUCUCGAAAUCAUUGAAACUGUGAUUUUUUUUUUUUUUUUUAACAAUUGAUACUAUAAAUGUUUCUCUCCUUCUGAAAAUAAACAAUUCAAUACUCAUUUUUUCACAUUAUAAUGUGAAAAUGGUUUUUAAUCUUGUUUUAAGUACGUACACACAUAGACGUGUACAUGUGCACGAGUAUAUCUGUCUCUACGAGUACAUAAUUUGUAAAUAUAUCUUAAUGUGGAUUUGUAAAUAUAUAUAUUAAUAAAAUGUGUGUAGAGAUAAGAGAAAAAAGUACUGUAUACUAU